AGUCAGAACGAUGCUAAAACGAUAKUAACGUUUUAUUUUCGAUAUAUGUUAUUCUAAUAGGCUGAUUUUAAAAUGUUAUUUACUAUUAAUCUUUAGAUACGUGUAAGUAUUUAGAUUAUAUAUUUGUGUCGUGUCCAUUUGAGUGUUUAAGUUGGUUAUUCGCUUCCCUGAACAUUCCUCUAUUGGUAGAGUCCGUCGCUAGGCCUUUGCGGUAGGGAGUUGUUUGGUGGACCCGUAAGUUUUCCUUUACUUUACAGGUUAAUUUUAUUUGACCGAAGAACCCCGGGACCUCUGUUUUCACCACCUUUUGACUCAUUUKGGGKCCUUUUUUGUCUGGGGACCCUUGAAUCACAGUGUUUCUGGGCGUGGUGCACACCGCUGAAGAGGGAAGGGAGGUAUCGGUGAAUCUGAAUCCGAGUGUCCGCGGCGGAGCUUAUGAUGCCGACGUUGCGGGACAGCACCAUGUCCCACCCCGGAGAGAAUUCCCACCAAGUCCGGGUCAAGGCUUACUAUAAAGGGGACAUCAUGAUCACACAUUUUGAACCGUCCAUCUCUUAUGAAGACCUGUCUGGUGAGGUGAGAGACAUGUGCUCAAUGGACAAUGACCAGCAGUUCACCAUGAAGUGGAUCGAUGAGGAAGGUGACCCCUGCACCGUGUCGUCUCAGCUGGAGUUGGAAGAAGCUCUUCGCCUCUAUGAACUCAACAAAGACUCUGAGCUCACAAUCCACAUAUUCCCUUGUGUACCCGAGAAACCCGGUAUGCCUUGUCCAGGAGAGGACAAGUCGAUAUAUCGCCGCGGCGCUCGACGCUGGAGGAAGCUUUACUAYGCGAGCGGACAUGCCUUUCAGGCCAAACGCUUCAACAGGCGAGCUCACUGUGCCAUCUGUACGGACCGAAUCUGGGGUCUGGGRCGACAAGGUUACAAAUGCAUCAACUGCAAACUGCUGGUGCACAAGAAGUGCCAUAAACUGGUGACGGUGGAGUGCGGUCGACCGAUGAUUCAGGAACCAAUCAUGCCCGGCACACGGUCAAGUCCUCUAGACCCAGAUGUAACACAAGACCCUCAGACUACAGAACCCGGUCCAUGCGUGGGUGGCGGCGUAGAGAAGAUAUUGGGCACAGGGAAGUCUCCCACCAGCCUGGGCCUGGCGGACUUCGACCUGCUGCGGGUGAUCGGCAGAGGCAGCUACGCCAAGGUGCUGCUGGUGCAGCUAAAGAAGACGGAGCGCAUCUACGCCAUGAAGGUCGUCAAGAAGGAGCUCGUCAACGACGACGAGGACAUCGAUUGGGUCCAAACAGAAAAGCACGUCUUUGAGCAGGCCUCUAAUCAUCCAUUYCUGGUCGGCCUCCAUUCCUGUUUCCAGACAGAUAGCAGACUCUUCUUUGUUAUCGAAUAUGUAAAUGGAGGCGACCUCAUGUUCCACAUGCAAAGACAAAGAAAACUCCCAGAAGAACAUGCCAGAUUCUAUUCUGCAGAGAUCAGUCUGGCACUCAACUACCUCCACGAGCGGGGAAUCAUCUACAGAGACCUGAAGCUUGACAACGUUCUGCUGGACUCCGAGGGACACAUCAAGCUGACAGACUACGGCAUGUGCAAGGAGGGUUUGAGACCAGGCGAUACAACAAGCACUUUCUGUGGUACCCCUAAUUACAUCGCUCCUGAAAUACUCAGAGGAGAAGAUUAUGGGUUCAGCGUGGACUGGUGGGCGCUGGGCGUGCUGAUGUUCGAGAUGAUGGCGGGCCGGUCGCCCUUCGACAUCGUCGGCAGCAACGAAAACCCAGACCAAAACACAGAAGACUACCUCUUUCAAGUUAUAUUGGAAAAACAGAUCCGAAUCCCGCGCUCAUUGUCAGUGAAAGCUGCCAGCGUUCUCAAAGGUUUCCUCAACAAGCUACUGUGGGAAAAGUCGACCAAGUUUGCUAAUAAUCAAAUUGUAAUUUUUGUUUUCUCGUCGUUUCAGCUGGAGCAGAAGCAGGUGCUCCCGCCGUUCAAACCCAACAUCUCAGGGGAAUUCGGGCUGGACAACUUCGACGCCCAGUUCACCAACGAGCCCAUCCAGCUCACGCCUGACGACGAGGACGUCGUCAGGAAGAUCGACCAGUCCGAGUUCGAGGGCUUCGAGUACAUCAACCCUCUGCUGAUGUCGGCGGAGGAGUGCGUGUGAGAGACUCGACAUCUAUCCCCGUGAACGCCACCCACCUACAAACACACACACAAACACACACACCGACCACGCGUGUUUACGCGGCGUCUCCUUGCUGCAUGGUUACCGAGACGACCCAGCAACAUCAACRUUUUUUUCMGAGGGCCUCACAUGCACAAGUAGAGCGCUUUGUUUUUGCCAAAACCAGUCUCACACUCUGCCAUUUAUAACCACUUGUCCUUAAGCCUACCUUGUUUCUUAGAUAUUUUUUUAUGUCAUAUGAAUCUGCUCUGAUCGGUUCCUUCAUCUGGGCCCMUUUAAUGCGGCCGCAAAGUUCUUCCACGGUUGCUGACGGACUGAGCAUCCACUCCUUUCAGCCGACGGGGCGUUUUUAUUCAAGUGUAUAUAAUAAACUACUAUUGAGGAUGAACAUUAGACGGGGCCUUUUUAGCUUCACGCCACACUCACAGUAAUUAGUUCUGUCUAGAACAGUAAUCAUAACACUAUAAAUCUAUAUAUUUUCUCAUAUUUUAUUUUAGGUUAUGUCAGUCGUAACAGCCUGUGUACAAGAACCAGACGAGUUCUGAGCUUCAGGUCCCUUCUGUCUGAAUGAAGGAAAUGAAACACUAAUAGUGAGUUAAUGCUGUGAAUGAAGUCGCUGUGGGAGAUGGAUGAAUAGCACAAAGUACCUGGACACCGUAGCACAGGUUUUAUUUAGAUUUUUUCUUUAAAAACAUGCUCAUACAGGACCAAAAACAUUUUUMUGGUACUUGUUAGAUGGAACAGUAUGCAUAAGGAAGAUGUGCUGUCCUAGGUCAUAGAAUUUAUAUAUUCAGAUUUUUCUUUUUUCUAUUUUUCUUUAUUUUAUAUGAUGCCUUUCUGAAACUUUCGCUCUUUGUUUUUUUUGUUCUUUUUUUUUUUGUUCCAUGUGCGUCUUUUUUCUUGUAAAACCAAACUUGAGCAGUUUUGACCCUCUAACGUGGCUUUAACACUGUUAAUGGAGCCCGCGAUCGAAUUUUGGAAUAAGAUAUUUUAAAGCAAACAAAUGAAUGUAACCACAUAGGCGAGGGCGCAUGUUUGUCUGGCAAUGCAUUCAUCUGUUACAGUUUAGCUUUAUUGUUACUUUUCUGUUGAAUCAGAUUUAAUUUAGAUUUUUUUUUCUUUGUUUUUUCACUACAUUGAUUCCAAAAUGUUAACGGGGGACACAGUGUAAACACUAUUGUUUGUAUUCGUUGUAUUUUGCAGAUGUUUUACCAUCCGCUGGACUUUAUUAGUGAUCAAAGAAGAAAAAUGAAAAUGCAGAUGGUAAAAUAAACAUUUUAUUUCUCUCCUUGUGG